AUGCCCCUUUCAUUUGGCGCUCUUACCAAGGUCAUCGGUCUCUCGAAUUAUCUUUCGAAAAAGAAAGAACAAGAACCUGUAUGUCAACCCUGUUUAAGAGCGAUGAAUUCCAUGCUGAUACCUGCACAGCCUCCGCUCAAGCGUAUUUACCUGGCGUUCGAUGGUUUCAGUGUAACUUUCCGAGGCGACUUGGUCAAGCAGGGCGCUUCUGGGGCAAAAACGGUACUGGAAACGAUUUCAACGGUGAUGACUGCUCUAUUUCCCUUUUUGGAAAAACUUGGUCCUGGUUCACAGAUGCUGGUUCGGGACGAUUGGAAGUGGGUCACUGGUCGUUCCUCUCCAUCAACAACGGUGAAACAAAUCAUCCAGGAGAAGAUUCCGGAUCUUUCACCUGGGCAGCGUCUUCCGGAAAUGGAUGCUGUCUUUCAGUUCUUUCUUCUCACUUCUGCCAGACUGGCGUUUCAAUCCGAGAGAUGUCAUAUCAUGAAGUAUGAAUCAGGGCUGACAGUGAAGAGCGACGAAGCCGCUUUUUCGCCAUUCAUAUCAGGUCUAGCAGAGAAUCUGGAAGACUCGACCAUCCUGCGAAAGUUCAGGCUUUUGUAUGUUGAGGGUCUGAUCGAUAUCUCUGCGAAUGUGGACAAGAACGUAGUCAUUGUCACCGGUCGCCCGAACAGUGAACUGGGCGGAGGAUUGGGGAUCACCGUGAUUGAACUUUUAGGGUUGUUUGAAGAAGCUCGAAGAGGAGGUCCAUCGUAG